AUGUCUACUGAAUCCGCUUUAGCUUACGCUGCUUUGAUUUUAGCCGACUCUGAAGUCGAAAUCUCUGCUGACAACUUAAUGGCUUUAACUGCUGCUGCUAACGUUCCAGUUGAAGGUAUCUGGGCUGAUAUCUUUGCCAAGGCUUUGGAAGGUCAAGACUUAAAGGACUUGUUGGUUAACUUCAGUGCUGGUGCUGCUGCUCCAGCUGGUGCUGUCGGUGCUGCUGAAGGUGCCGCUGGUGCUGAAGCUGAAGAAGAAAAGGAAGAAGAAGCCAAGGAAGAAUCCGAUGAUGACAUGGGUUUCGGUUUAUUCGACUAA